AUGCCUGAUGUUCAAUUCGAGAUUAUUGGUUUAGACGAUAUUGGUAAAGAUAUACUCAAAACUAGUUCGUCGAGAAAAACAACUAACCGUUCGUCUUACAAACUAUCCGAUGCUGAUGUGGAGAAUCUUAAACAUUAUCUAAAUCGAUAUAAUCAACAACUCUCCAAAUCAUCAACAACAAAAAAAGUUUUUCAAGAAAUUUCGUCUCCAGAUUUAACACGAGUGUCGACCUGUUCAUUUGCUUAUCGCAGUCAUAUGCAUGAUUAUGUUGACAUUACUGAGGAUUUUUACUCGGAGAAACUCUAUAGUGAACUGAGUAAACCGGUUGAACAUACUCAACCGUUAACUGAUGUUUAUCGUUAUCAUCAUCACUAUCGUCGACAUCAUCAACAUGCAAGACAAGCCCAUGAAAAACUAUCACCGCCAACUGUCUCACGUGAUAAUUCAAGUCUCUCACUAGAAUUUGCAACAUGUGGGAUGAAAAAGAAUACGCGUUUACCUGUUCCACACGAAAACUUCUCUUUAACUAACGGAUGUUUUGGUGAUGAUGCAGGUUUUACAAUACGACACAAACUCAAGAAUUUCUUUGGUAAAAUCGGUUUUCUCUUUACAGAGCAUUUACAUGUGAACAUCUUUCUUCUAGGAAUAUCGGAUGGCGCCGGUGGUAAUCUAAUGUAUGGCUUCGAUCCACGUCUUUUUUCGGAAUCAUUAAUGCGUAAUUGUUCGACUCUUGCUGACUCAGGCAAAUACUCCACUAGUGAACCUAAGCGUCUUUUGUGUCAUGCGUUCGAUCGUGUUCAAACAGAAAACUGCUAUGGUAGUGCAACAGCAUGUGUGGUCGGUGUCGAUUGUGAAACUGGUCAACUUCACUCAGUUAAUAUUGGUGAUUCAGGUUAUGUGAUUGUUCGAAAAGGUCGAGUCGUGUAUCGAUCACGUUCACAAAAAAUGAACGGUGAUUGUCCAAGACAAUUGGAUGUUUAUCCCUGGACAGCAUCAUUAAAAAGAAAAGGCCUCAAUUAUACUCAAAUAUCGAGUCUUGAUGCAAUCUGUCAGAAUUUCCAAUUAGAAUUAGAUGAUAUUAUUAUUCUUUCCACUGAUGGUCUCUUCGAUAACGUUCCUGAUCGUUUAAUUGAACGAAUUCUCUCGAAAAAUCAUUCGUUGAAACAUGCUGCUAAUUGUUUAGUUAAUCAUGCUGUUCGUUAUUACAUUAAACCAGAUGAUAUUCUUGUAAUUAUGGCACGUGUGACCAAGGAAAAUGAGAAACAAUAA